AUGGCGCCUAUAACAAUGCGCCCACCCACGUUCUCGUCGGCCAAAGCAGCGUCUGAGUUUGAUCUACCGGGAUUGCCCUGGCUAGAAGAGACAUGGCAUGUGACUCACUCAUCGCUGCCCAUGUGGCGGAGUAAGCGCAACGUCCGAAUCCAGUACACACUCCUCGAGCCCUCAUCGCCCGAAAUAAUAAAGACCAACACCGAUCGCCUCGACGAUCUUGUCACCUACCAGAGUCUCACAGGAGCCAAGGUCUCGACAGUAAAGGGUGUCGACAAAACAUCAGGCUCAGGCAACCGCAGAGGCGAGUGGGACUGGCGAGGGAAAGGAUGGCUCAAGAUUGCCGGGUCACAUUGGGAGAUCCUAGGUUGGGGCGAAGAGGAGCACAAUGGCAAUAAGUGGAUGGUGACAAUGUUCGUAAAGACAAUGUUCACGCCAGCUGGUCUUGACGUGUAUUCCAAAGCAAGAGAAGGACUGAAUGCGAAGACUCUCGCCGACAUCAAGGCUGCUCUGUCCAAGGUGGAGGAUGGUGACGUGCAGAAGAUGGUGGUAGAGCUGUUCGAGAUAACGAGUGAUGGAUCGAGGACAGACUGA